AUGCCCACACCAGUCUCCACGCCCCCAGUGGAUGUGGUCGGUACAACAGCACCCGUGCCUCCCAUGGCUCCUCCUUCCCCUGGCUACUACCAUGUCCUCUACAAAGAGCAUGCUCAAGCCCCGAUGGCCUGGCAUGGAGAGACCUACUGCCUGGUUGGAGGCUACCGUGUCUAUGGGGAUGCUCCACUGACCACCCCUGCAAAGGCUGAGGAAGAGAAACCAGCACCCAGGAGGGCUCCCAAGAGACAGAGAGUUCAGGAAGAAUCAGACCAAGAUCUAGGGUGUCCUAGUGCCAAAAUUCCUCGUCUCAGAAUGAAGCAUGAUGGCAAAGGGUUACCCCGGCAGAAGCAUGCUGCUUGA